AUGGAGCUAGCCCCAGCAGCCAAAAUCCUCCAGAACUUGAAAUCCGUGAUCAUGGCCGCUAUCCGCAUGUGUGGACAACCCUCAUCUAUGCGCGAAUCUGCAAAAAAACUCAGUGUUCAGACGUACUCUCAUAUUGUCUCCUCUUCUCAUUUACCUUUCCUUGAUAUUUCCUCUUUUCUGAUCAUGUCAGAAAAUAUUCAAAAUCCAUCAGUAUUGGGAACUGCACAUUCUCUGCAGCUUCCCCUUCCCGUGGUGAACAAUGCAGCUUCCCUAACAGGAAGUGUCUGCAACUACUCCAGCGUAUCUACUGCAGCUGGUACAUCUGCUUGGCUCCUGCCCUCAGAUCCUUGCAUCUCUUUCCAACCACUCAUGGGUAGUGCCUAUCUUGACCAACAUUCUAGCACAACAAUGCUGUCUGGAGUGUCUGGCCAGAGCCAGCUAUCCACGCUGUCUGCUUCCUACCCAAGUGUUUUGGAGUGGGAUAUUGCAGGAAGUACUGAAAAGAAGUCUAACAUGGGAGACUUUACUGUGACUAUCCUUGACCAAGACACUACUGUCUCUUCCAUGUCUAUGGCAGCUCGCCAUGAGAAAACCUUAGAUACCAACCACAUAGUGUCUCUGUACCCAUCACUUUCUUCCAGUCUUGUGGAAAGGACACCAUCUCAGGUUCCAAAUCAGAGUUAUAACCUGUCGCUUCCCAACCAGGAAGGAAGCCAGGCGGUUUACUAUCAUCAGGGCACUCAGGGACCUCUCCUUUCUGAAGAACCUGGUCCCUGCCUGCAAUCCAAUGGCUCUAUGACAUACAAAGGAGGUAAGGGCUCUGCCCUCCAAGCUUACAACAAUGCAUCUUCAGAAAUGGUUAUGGUUCUAAAGGAGGUCCAGCCCCCAAAUAACCGACCACCAGCCUCCACCUCUGGAAACUACUACUCUGUGUCUGCUCCACCCAUCACGGAAUCGAGUUAUCAAGUGAUGAAUUCCCUAGGGAUGGAGACUUCCCUGGCAUUGCAACCUUCCGAUCAGACAUUUUGUCUGACACCAACUUCAGAAUUAUCCAUGGCUUGCAGUAGCAGGAUUCAAAUACUUGAGAGUAACCCACAACCAGAGCUCCCACAUGUUACCAUAAUAGAUUCAGCACAAUGUAACCUGGCACUACCCCCAGCUCCAACACGGGAACAAACAGAUGAGAAUUGGGAUGAGAUGAACAUUGGGCUUUCAAAGUCUCUGGAUACCUACCAGUUCCCAAUAGAAAACCAAGAUCCUCUACUGUGCCCUUUAGAAAUCCCUGAUAUCCACCAGCUCCUGGCCUUCAUUGAUCCUUUCAGCCAAGAGCAACAGCCUGGUACUGAAACUACUCGCCAGGAAAAGGAUGGUCAGUGUUUGGAGGACACAGGAACACUUGAAAGUAGAAUUGAAUCUGGUGGUAUUUUUGCAGACAUCACAACAUGGGUUGAAGAUAAACAACUUCCCCAGCUUUUUGAUUGCUUAAAAGAUCUAGAUGAAUGUAUAGAUCUGCAGGUAAUGAACACCACAGAUACCAUCACUCUGAAUCAGGGGCAAGAAAACUCAGGUGGCACUAAGGGGACCUCCCAUCCAACACGGAAGAACAAAAACCAGGCCUCUGAGCCUCUGGAGGGAGAACCCAAAGCCAAAAUCCAUUCCAAAGACCCAGAAUGCUUGCUAGGGAAAGCAGGGAUUGUUUGUAAUGCUGCAGUCAGUGACAGGUGUCCUGUGACCGUGGCCAAACCUAACAGCAAACCUCAGAAAGCUGCGUCCAGCAGGAUCAGCAAGACAAAGAGCCAUGAGCAGGAGAAGACAAAAAAGGCCAGAGAAAACUCUAAGAAAGCUGAUGACAAGCAGAUAGGGAAGAAGGUGAAGGCAGAAGAGAAGCCCACCGUUGCCAGGAUGAAACGCAAGUUAAGUCAACCUGAGCUUUGCCAAGAGGCCCUUAAAAAGCCCCGCAGCUGCCUAGGCAUGCAAAUGCUGGAGUCUGUACAAGUGUUUGAUGCAGUGGGGAAGAAAAGUGAUCCAAAGCCUGGAUCCUCUUCCUCCAGGGUCCUGAGUAGUUCAAAGAAGACCAAAGACGUCCAGCCCUCCUCAGUUGUCAAACCGUGGCCAGGUGCUGCACGGCAUGGAAAAGGUCUUGAGAAAACUCAGGUCAAAGCUCAGAAACCAAGCAGCAGUGCUGAAGAACUCUUGGCUCCAUCCCUGUAUGAGCUGCCACCUCCUGGGAAGGUCAAAUUGAUACCUUUGCCUUUUCUUACCAUGGAGAAGCCGCAAGCUCGACGUGUUCCUCGGAAACCACAGUCUCUAGCUUCACAUCGUCCUGCUGCAGCUUACCCUGCCAGGCCUGUCUCUACCAACACAGCUCAGCCAACUGCCACCAAUUCAUCCCGGCCAGCUACUGCAUCUUUGUCACAUCCUGCCAGACCAGCUCAGCCCAUUUCGACCAAUCCAUCUCGACCAGCUUUGCUGAGCUCUACUAGCCGGCCUAUUUCUCAGCCUGCAACUUCUAGACCUGCUCCCUACAAGACAACAGCUAGCACUUCUCUCCAGCGGGGCCCUCUUCCUAUCUCUGGGAGCAAGUGCCAGGCUCCACCCAAACGUCAGAGUCAGUUUCUACUCCAAGACUUCCAUUUACAACCAAUUCCAUGGAGAAAGCCCAAUGUUCCCGAGCCAGUCAUGUCAAAGCCCAUCACAAAAGAGCAGAGACCAGAGCGUGAGGCUAUGAAGAGGAAGGCUCAACAGGAGCGUGAGAACGCUGCCAAAUGCACCUCUUUGGGGCAAGUGCAGUUUUUUAUCCAGAGAGAAAAAGAUAUGGACACCUCUCGAUUCUGUGGCUAUAAGUAG